CUGCGCCAUACCACGCCGCACAUCGCCGCUGUAGACACUUUCUUAUUUCGCUUUUUCGGCGCCAGUGUGCCCAAGCCAGCGCUCAGCGGCGGAAUCUGCGUGCACCACUCCACGCUGCUCAUCGCAGUUCUCCGCCGUUCCGCGCCGUGCGACUUUUGACCGGGCCUCAACCCCAACGAGCCCCCUCGGCGCUAAUCGCGAUCCAAGCUAUCGACAACACACCGUCGAGUCGCAUCUCCUUCGCUCCACCGUCUCCUUCACCCGCGCUCAUACCAAACUCCAUGGGUGACAGUCCGGCAUCUCACACCGCAGCUUUGCAGGAGGAGAUAGACGAGUUGGAUCGGGGCCUCGACUCGAUACUUCGCACUGACGACCAGUUUAGAACGUCUCUGCGCACGCUGAGCAGACUAUGCGGAGAGAACAGGCUCGUACCUACAAGAUACAGGUUGCCGGGACUUGCAAAGGUCGGGGAUGAUCCGCCCUGCGCUGGUGGAUUCGCGGAUGUGUACCCAGGGACCUACAAUGGUACUUCCGUCGCGCUGAAGGUUAUCAGACUGCACACUAGAGAUCGAAAAACGUAUAUGAAGGUCUUCUGCAGGGAGGCGGUCGUUUGGAAGCGACUGAAUCAUCCCAAUAUCGUCCCCUUCAUCGGCGUUGAACCUGGGAACCACGCAUGCAUCGUGUCGGAAUGGAUGGAUAACGGCGAUAUUAUGUCGUAUCUCGAAGACCACCCACGCGCCAAUCGCAUUGAACUCAUCAUAGACAUUGCCCGUGGCUUGGAUUACAUGCAUGCGAGCGGACUCGUACACGGGGAUCUCAAAAGCCGCAACGUUCUUGUGGACAAAAUCGGGCGUGCACGUCUUAGCGAUUUUGGUCUUGCCACGACGAUCCUUGGUACCGCUUCGUUGGCAGCGACCGCCGGAUCGUCCGCAAACUGGGGCUCAUUCUGUUACAUGGCUCCCGAGUUGAACGAUCACAUGGCGAAGAAUAAAAUCUUGACCUCGAAGUCCGACGUAUAUGCGUUUGGUAUGACAACAUGGGAGAUCUUUGACGGGAGACACCCAUUCUACGAUAUUCAAAACGUAUUCGUGAUCCUUCGUGAAGUCCUUGAUGGCACACGACCCAUGCGCCCUCCGCACGCACAAGACCUAGGUCUGGAUGACUUUAUAUGGGAGGUUGUCAUUAGCUCGUGCUGGUUAGCAGACCCGUUUGAGCGACCUGACAUGUCGGAGGUACUAGCGUGGCUGGGACCAUAUAAUUCUGCUCAAGGGCUCGUUGCGAAGCUGGUACAUGAAGGUCUCUCGGAUGCCGAUCGGCAAGUGCUCGAUCAGCUGCUGUUUAAGACCGCGACAGCGCUGCAGCGUACGAUGCAAGGCCAUACUGGCGAUGUGAACUCCGUCUCAUUCUCUCCGGAUGGCUCGCAGCUCGCGUCGGGCUCUCGGGACAACACGAUCCGACUUUGGAACGCGGAUACAGGAAAGGAAAUCCGCGAGCCUUUACGGGGGCACACUGACUGGGUCAACUCCGUGUCGUUUUCCCCCGAUGGAAAGUGCCUUGCCUCGGCCUCGGAUGACAUGACCGUGCGACUGUGGGACGUACAGACAGGGCAGCAGAUCGGGCAGCCGCUCGAAGGGCAUACGGACUGGGUUUACUCUGUCGCAUUCUCACCCGACGGCAUCCGCAUCGUCUCGCGCUCACGCGACGGGACGCUCCGACUCUGGGACGCGCACACGGGACAGGCCAUCGGCGAGUCUUUCCGGGGUCACUCUAACUGGGUUAACAGUGCCGCAUUUUCACCGGAUGGGAAGCACAUCGCCUCUGGAUCCAGCGACGACACGAUUCGACUCUUGGACGCCGAGACAGGCCAGCCAGUCGGGGACCCGCUGCAAGGCCACGAUGGCUGGGUUUGGUCAGUCGCAUAUUCUCCCGAUGGCGCGCGCAUCGUCUCGGGCUCCGUAGACAACACGAUCCGGAUCUGGAACGCUCAGACAAGGCAGACGGUGGUGGGGCCACUGCAAGGGCACAAAAAAGACGUCAACUCCGUGGCAUUCUCGCCGGAUGGCAAGUACAUCGUCUCCGGCUCCGAAGACGGCACGAUGCGGAUAUGGGACGCGCAGACGGGACAGACCGUGGCGGGGCCUUGGGAAGCUCACAGUGGC